AUGGAUGUGGACACCACCUCCACCCUGAGUGGCAAAUUGCUCCCCUGGCUUGAAUCCACUUUAGCAAGCCUGAACAAUGGAAUCCGCAGGGUGGACAAUGAGCUUGUGGUGGCAUGGGUUCCCUACCCUGUGGCUGGAGUGGUAUCGGUCUCAAAGCAGCACUUCCUCAUCAGCCAGAUCACCGCCUUGGCCAACCAUUUUCCCAAGUCCUUUGUGGCCGUGCUGGCAAUGCCCAAUCGGGCUGCAGAUCUGGAGCGCUGCAAAGUCAAGGGAGAGGACUCGGAGAUGGAAGAGAAUUUGAAGAUAGAGAGUACAGGCGACAUCGAAAUAGAUGAAGAUGAUGAAGACGAGCAUGAAGACAAGGGUGGCUCUGAUGGCGCUGAAGCUAUUCUACGCGAUUUCCAGUAUCAGCUGAAAUGUCAGUUUAUGGAAAAGGGCCGGAAUCUUCGUGUCCGCCCAGCAAUGGUCAGCUUCCAGCCUGAGAGUGUCUAUGGUGCCCGAUCAGCUUUCCAUGAAUGCGUCCUCAUCACGGCCAACGAGAAGGGCAACGCGGUGUGGAAGUCAAAGUUUUUCAAAACUGGACAUGUUCAUGGGGUGACAAUGCUUCAACGUGCAGACAUGCUCAAGAUCCCCAAAGACAGCUACGGCUCAGAGAAGCGCUUCACACAAUCUCAAGAGCAACGGCAGGUCAUUGAGGCCCUGACGCCAUCCAGCUCCAAGCCUGCAACGGUGAUCAUUGACAUGUUGGGCUAUGACGGCUGGCCUGGGGUUUUUGCUCUGCAAGAGAUUGCUGCAGGCCGUCAAAUGGCAGCUGCAACAGUGGGGCACACACAAGCUGAAGCGGCCUGGUGCACCAGUGUCAUCGGUGGCCGCUGCUUUGACCUUUGCCGUUCCCAAGCUCUGUCCCUCCCUGGGUUUCCGAACUUCAAGAAGGCUGUUGAUGAGCUACGCACUCAAGCCCCGCAACCUCAUCCUACCUAUGAAGUAUGCAUGUGCAUUGGUGACAGUUUAGUGGUGCGCGAAGCUCUGGUGGAGCAAUGGGCUGACAAGCAGGACUUUUCGUCAGAGUUGAAGCGGCUGAUGGAUGAGCACAACAAGGAGUUCAAUCCUCGUGGAAUCAAACGAGGCAGUGCACCCAGUGCUGGAUCGGUGGAGAGCCCUGCAAAGAUGCUGUGCGUGGCCGACAGCAGCAUGAGCUUGGAUGAGUUUGAGACCAAGUUUGCAGAAAGGCAAGACCUUCCUACAGGGAGUUGGACCAUGAGCCUUGCGUCAGAGUCUUUGUUCUUGCAUUCCAAUGAGGACCACGUGGUUGCAGAGCACGAGGAGCUAUGUGGAUUUGGGAGCGGAGACUUUGCAAAGGCCGCGGAGGCCAAGGACAUCAUGAGCGACUGCAAUGGGCGAUGGGCGCUCUUUGACCUAUCCGGCAAAGCCAGUGAUCAAUGGGUGGUUCUUGAGCACAGCCGGAAGCUUCCUGAGCACCUUCGGGAGCUGGCCAUCUACAACAAGGUGAUGCCCAUGUCAGACAUCCUGGUGGCUAUGGAGAACGCAGGGGAUGUCAACACAGUGAUUGCGGAACACAAGGCUACCAAGAAUGACGUGGGCGACAUCCAGGUUCAAGCUCUGGAGAAGGUGGUAUUUGUCUUGGACCCGCCCCGCGAAAAGAAGAAGAAGAAUAAGGUGAAUGCCAUCAGCUUUGGAGCACUCUUCCCAUUUGCAAAGCUUCGCGCCAACCAGAACAUCAAGAUCAUUUGGCGUAUGAGGUGCCUGGAAACGUCAAUCAAAUUUGAUGUAACUGGUCUUGGAGUGGCUUCUGUGUCCUGA